CGUAAUAUGGCCGCCACAAGUACCAUAAAUUGUUUAUUAAUAAUAUUAUUGAUACAAAUCUGCACAGGUGAAGUGAUCCAAAGGCCUGAGCUGAAGGAAGACGCCGAGGAUGAGGACGACGAACUCGGCAAUGAGCACAGCGCUUUACCUAAAAACCUGGAGACUUUUCAAGUCAAUCAAAAUCAGAUAACAAACGACAAUGUGAAGCGCUACAAAUGCCACCUGUGUGACCCCCCGAAUUGCUCCAACCCGACUGUGUGUUUCGACGCCAUCCAGUGCUGGAAGUCGCGCGUUCGGGAAACGUCCGGGCUAGAGACUGUGACUAGGGGCUGUACGAAAGAGACAGACCAAUUGCCGUUCUUAUGCCGUACUCCGUCCUUUAGUGGGCAACAGAAGCGACAAGCCAGCGGCCAGUUCCAGGUCGAUUGCUGCACUGGCGAUUUUUGCAACAAGGGGGAUUUCCCCGAAUUGCCGAUUUUGUUUACCAAGAACAUGACGAUGCACUCUGACUCAGUUGAUUAUGCGCUCAAAAUGACGGCCGCGAUUCUGGGACCGGUCGUGGUUAUUGGCACGUUGGGUGCCAUCGUUCUUUACUUAAUGCGACGCAUUCACCAGCGCCGAUUAUGCCUCGAAAGUCGUCUGGAUCCUGAUACGUAUUACGCUUCUGACGAUUUGUUGCGAGCGACAGCUGCCGGCGACAGCACCUUGCGCGAAUACCUUGAAAAUUCUCUAACAUCGGGGAGCGGUUCUGGUCUCCCUCUCCUCAUCCAGAGAACAAUGGCAAAACAAAUUUCCCUCGCUGAAUGCAUCGGAAAAGGCCGAUACGGCGAAGUCUGGCGAGGCAUUUGGUUCGGGGAAAAUGUAGCCGUGAAAAUAUUUUUCUCGCGAGACGAGGCCAGUUGGAACAGGGAAACGGAAAUAUACAGUACAAUUUUGUUACGGCACGAGAAUAUUUUGGGGUACAUUGGUUCGGACAUGACGUCUCGUAAUUCCUGCACUCAGCUAUGGUUAAUCACCCAUUACCACCCAUUGGGCAGUCUUUACGACCAUCUAAAUCGCACCACACUCACCCAUCAACAGCUACUGCGUUUGUGUCUUUCGAUUGCCAAUGGGUUGGUGCACCUGCACACAGAGAUAUUUGGGACUGAAGGAAAGCCAGCCAUCGCCCACCGCGAUAUUAAAAGUAAAAAUAUUCUAGUAAAAAAUAAUGGGACUUGUUGUAUAGCCGAUUUUGGGCUUGCGGUGACGCAUCAACAAGCCACUGACCAGUUAGAUAUUGGUUCCAAUCCCAAAGUUGGGACGAAACGUUACAUGGCCCCAGAGGUUUUAGACGAAACGAUACGAAUGGAUUAUUUCGAUUCGUUCCGUCGAGCUGAUAUUUACGCCCUAGGGCUUGUCCUGUGGGAAUUAUGCCGAAGGACAGUAAGUAAUGGGAUAGCGGAGGAUUAUAAACCGCCUUUUUACGACGUUGUGCCCAAUGAUCCCAGUUUUGAAGACAUGAGGAAGGUUGUGUGUGUGGAUCAGCAACGUCCGAGUUUACUUAACAGAUGGGCUAGUGAUCCGAUAUUGAGCGUUAUGGCCAAAUUAAUGCGAGAAUGUUGGCAUCACAACCCCAACGUGCGAUUACCAGCGUUGCGAAUAAAGAAGACGAUAUUAAAGCUAUGUAGCGGUGAUAAUUUAAUUAAUUUGGAUGAUAGUAUGGAAGUUUGUGUGUGACAAUCUGAAACGCAUCUGUUUUAAUGUUAUUUUAUAGUCAAGGGCUAGUUUUUAAUCCGUGGCGAUUUUAAAUUAUUGUUGAACAUUUUAUCAUAGGAUAUUAUCGUAGGACUAAUUUUUCUUUAAUACUUCUUCUUUAUUUAAGUAUUAUAAUUCAUGUGCCAAAUUGAUUUUGCGUGGAAGUGUGGGAGGACACCAGUAUUAUGAUUUUAUGGUUUUACUUGACACCAAAAAUUCGAAAAUGGGUGGAACAAUUUUGUUGAAAGUGCCAUUUAUUUUACUCUUACUUUCUUGAUUUUAACGCAACACGUAUGGUGACAUUUUUACAUGCUCAAUUUAACUUAAACUCUUUAUUUUUUCCCCAAAUGUUGCCGUAGGUGUUGAUUUGGUAUGGAAAUCUUAUAUUGUUGUAAAUAUAUUUCAAAUGUUUAUAUCUUGACGUCAUAUCUGUUCAUUGAAACUGCUGGAAUUAGGCUUUUAUAUUCCACUAAUUCUAUCAGUUUUUAGUGUUAUUUUUUAAUAAAUUCUAGUAACAGAUUCAUAUCAAUUUGUUUAUCAAUUGAUUAUAAAUAUCCGAGAGCUCAUUCGAAUCAUAAUCAAUUUUUUAUUGCAUUUUUACGUUAAGUUGUCAUCAUUAGUAUUUAUUGUUCGUUUUAUUCAUUUGUACAUACACUCAUUGAUGUUCUGUAUCCAAGAAUAACAUAAGCAA